CUGAGAGUCUGAAUGCAGUUGCAUAACUGAGUGAAAUGUUUUUGGGGAACCUCUUGUGUUUUUUUUUCAAAGUUUGGUGGGUUUAAUCAAGGAUUAGAAACACGGAUUCAGUAUAUUUGAUAUAGGCCUUAUUACAAUGGGAAAAUCUCCAGGAAAGUGGAUUAAAACCAUACUCUUUGGGAAGAAAUCAUCCAAAUCAAGCUUUCUGAAGAAAUCAGCAGGAGAUAAAGAGGCGACCAUUGCCUGUAAGGCAGUGUCUAGUGAUUUGGCAGCAAAUCAUUCUGUAAUUUCAAAUGUGGCACUUCAUACCUCUAACAGAAUUGAAGAAAACUCAGAAAAGGGAUCGAGUGCCAACUUACCACAUGAUGCAGUCGUGUCAUUACCUGGCAAGCAAGGUGCACAUACAGAAGGAACCAUGGGUUUGGAUUCACCUGGCGGUGCUGAGGUUACUGCCUAUGAGCAAGCUGCUACAAAGGCACAGGCAGCUUUUAGAGGCUAUUUGGCUCGCCGGGCAUUUCGUGCUCUCAAGGGCAUCAUAAGGCUGCAAGCACUUAUUCGUGGGCACUUGGUUAGGAGACAGGCUGUCACUACUUUGCGCUGCAUGCAGGGGAUUGUUAAGUUACAGGCUCGUGUUCGCGGUCAAAGGGUCAGACUUUCUGCUUGUGGGCUUGAAGUGCAGAAAAGAUGCAGUCUGCAGGAUGUUACGAGGGUCGAGCUAUUUGGAUUAGAUACAGCCACUGGGCCAGAAAAGCUGUCAUCAAAUGCUUUUAUUUGUAAGCUUCUUGCUUCAUCGCCAACUGUUAUGCCCUUCAACCUCCACUAUGAUUCGGGUGAACCAAAUUCAGCUUGGAACUGGCUAGGACGCUGGUCAUCAUUUCAAUUUAGGGGACCACUUCCACAACCAAAAGGUGUUCCUAAUUCUAAGCCUCACAGACAGCAGGACUGCGUUCAAACAGAAGAAACUGAACUCAGCACAGAAAAACGAGGUGUGCGCAAGGUCCCAACUGUAAAUGUUGGAAAUAAUCCACUGCAUUCCACAUCUGAGCGUGAAAAGUCCAGACGCACCCUUAGGAAAGCUAAGGUCCAUCAAGCAGAAGCAGUACAGGAACACCAUCAAAAUGAACUAGAGAGGGUAAAACGAAAUUUGAGAAAAAUUACUGCAUCCAAUUCAGCGGCUCCUGAUCGGUCAGAAACUGUGACUGAGAAGCCAAAGUUAAAUAUGAAAAAGCUGUCAAGCUCCACAGCAUCUGAUGUUCCUCAGAAGAGUGUUGAUAAUUUCUCUGAGAAAAUAAAUGACCCAGUAGUGGCAGUAUCCAAAGACAAUGAAAGACCCGGGUUAGAAAUACCUCCUGCACCGUUGGCUCUGGAGGAGACAGUUGAUAUGCAGAAUCAUGAUGACCCUACUGGUGAGCAACUUCCUUUGGAAACUUUUGAAAAAGUUGAUAAUAUCCCAAAGGAAACUGAGGACCUAAAUGUAAAAGAAGAUCAAACUAGCAAGGAGAACCACAGAAGCAGGAGAAGAUCUUUAUCAGCAAAGCAGGAAUACUCAGAGAAUGUUUCACAGCGUAGUCCAACUUUGCCCAGCUAUAUGGCUGCAACUGAAUCUGCCAAGGCAAAGCUUAGAGCACAAGGAUCCCCUAACUUUGGUGAAGGUGAGAUUGAAAAUGGUUUCGUCAGGCGGCAUUCUAUGCCUACUCCGCCCAAUGGUAAAUUGAGUUCAAUGUCACCACGGGUGCAUAGGCUAGUUCUGGAGAAUGGCAAAGGGGGGAACAAAAGUGACAGAUCACUACCAUCCUCUAAAGAUGGACAAGAUAAGGUGGCCCGGGCAGGGUGGAAGAGGUGAGUUUACUGGUAUCUGCUUUGAGAUAUUAGGAGAUAUGUGGAGAAACAGAUGAUGCGUGACGUACCUGAAGCCUUUCCUUGUAUUCCUUUAUGUUUUGUGUGUUUAAGCGUAUGUACAGUUAGACUUACACUUCAGGUUUGCUCUAUUCUUUAUUUUUCUGUUCCUGAAUAGAAUUCUAUGCUGUAAGAAACCUACUUAUGCUUUUAACCCUGUAUCUCUGUGAAAGUGAAGUAUUUAUCUUGUUAGUUUAUGAAUUUAUCCUUUGUCGGUUGUUCUU